AACCUAAAAAAAUUGGACCGACAAAAUGUCAUGUUAUAAUGUUAUAAAAAGUUUAAAUGUUCAACUUUUACGACGAAGCAGCAUUUAUUUCCAAAGUGCAGAGGUUGCACUACCCAACAGAAUUCGUCAAAAUGCUAGAAAUUAUAGUAACAAUAAACCUUUUCCUAAACCGAAACCGCCAGGAAGAGGCGUUGGGCCCAUAACGUGGAAAAAUCUUGGAAUUACUGCAGUAUUAGGUGGCGGUUUAUUAGCAUUUAUGUGGUAUUUAAAAAAAGAAAAAGAAGAAGCACAAAUGAAAGAAAGACAGCGUAUGCUAGGAAAAGCUGCCAUUGGUGGAAGCUUUGAACUUGUAGAUAGUACAGGUAAAAUAAGAAAUAGUGAUGAGUUUCUCGGAAAAUGGCUUUUAAUAUAUUUUGGGUUCACACAUUGUCCAGAUAUUUGUCCAGAUGAGCUAGAGAAAAUGGCAGGUGUUAUUGACAUUUUAGAUAAGGCUGAAGAUAUGCCCAAAAUCCAACCACUAUUUAUCUCAGUGGAUCCAAAUAGGGAUACUCCAGAAGUGGUUGGAAAGUAUUGCAAAGAGUUUUCUCCUAGAUUGUUAGGACUGACUGGAAGCGAACAACAAGUUGGACAGGCAUGUAAAGCUUAUAGAGUAUACUUUAGUGCUGGCCCAAAGGAUAGUGAUAGUGAUUAUAUUGUGGACCAUACUAUAAUUAUGUAUUUAGUAAAUCCUGAAGGUGGUUUUGUUGACUAUUAUGGACAAAAUAGGACAGCAUCAGAGAUAUCUACAUCAAUUAGGGUUCAUGUUUUAAAACAUACUACUGCCAAGAGUUGGUUAUAAUAAGAUACAUUCUUUUUUUGUAAAUAGUUGUUAAAAAUAAAAUUAAAUCAUUAA